GGAAAAGUGCAAGUGUUUUCCACACACUGGCUGCUCGAGUUAGAAACGCAAGCGCGGACAAAACGAGGUGAAAUAUUGAGAUGCUGUGCCACCGUCGCAUCCACUACCACCUUUUCCUACUGCAGCUUUUUGUGAUUCCCCUUCUUCGGGGAUCCCCCGUAUCAAGUCCGGAAAUAGCAAACAAGGGCUCCAAGUCACCAAACAGCGUGCAACAAGCACAACAGCAACAGCAGCAGCAGCAACAGGAGGCGCACCUCAAUUCGCUGAGUGCCUAUGCCAGCAGCUAUGACAUGGUUCAACAAAACCAGGCUCAAAAUCAGGCCCAAAAUCUCGUUCAAGCCCAGGUCCUGACUCCUGCGGAUCCUUCGUUUAAGCCCUCGUACAAGAUGCCCGAAAUGGAAACGAAUUUCACGCCGAUGCAAACCGCUGGAACACCCAGUGUGGCUGGCCUUCCGUCGACUCCCAUGCUGAUGCAGUAUCUGCCAGCCCAGGCGAUCCAAGACGGGUCAGGGAACACGGUCCAGUAUCUUCAGUUGAUCCCCACCCGACCGAUUAUAGUGCCCAUAUCGCCGUACGUUUCGGCCGCAGGGUCGCCCUCAAUCACCGCUGGGGGACAACCAGACUUCGGAGGACGGACAGCGACGGUUCUAAGUGCCUUGCCGCCGAACUUCGCAGCUCUCCAGGGAUUCGCCACUGGGGCCAUCAAUCCCACCGUUGCCUUCCGCAACACCUAUCGCAUCAAUCGUGAGGCCAAGGACAAACACUUCCCACCCUCCUUCUCACUGAAUCUCAACGAGUAUUUGCCAGGCUCCUCCAUGGGUGGUGGUCAUGACAGCUCCGCAAACCCACACAUGUACCUAAGGUCUAGGUCGUAG